GCAAUACACACCGAAUCGUGUGAUACUGUUACCAUAGACUUGACUAUUUCACCGAUCCAAAGAUCACGUUUAUGAACAGAGCUUCUUUGCGACUUCCGCAGCUCGAACUUCGAAAAGUGACGAGAUGCGCCCCGACCCAAAUGUCACUCCUUAAGCAUGCGAAGCAAUACCUAGCCAACCAAUCGAAAUACGCACACCUCAAUGCCUUCGUUUCGCUUGCCGAACCCUCGAAAUUGCUCUCUCGCGGCGAGACUUCUACCAGCGACCAUGUAAAGACCAGGUUUCACGAUGUCACAGACAAGCCAAUCGCGAUCAAGGACAACAUCUGCACGAAAGACCUGAAGACCACAGCAUCCACGGGGAUAUUGAAAGGCUUCACAAGCCCAUACGAUGCAACGGUAGUAAAGCUCCUGCAGGAUGCAGGCGCGGUGGUCGCCGGGAAGACGAACAUGGAUGAGUUUGGGAUGGGCUCGCACUCUACACACUCACAUGCUGGGCCUGUGAAGAUGUACAGACAUACGGCCGAUGAAGAGAAAAGUGCUGGAGGCAGUUCGGGAGGAAGCGCUCUUGCUGUUGCGAGUGCACAGUGCUGGGCAGCUCUGGGAACAGACACAGGCGGUUCUGUCAGACUACCUGCAGCGUACACAGGUGUUGUGGGAUUCAAGCCAAGUUACGGGCUACUGUCGAGAUGGGGCGUCGUUGCGUACGCGAACUCUCUUGAUACUGUUGGUAUCCUGGGUAAGAAUGUCGGUGAUGUUGGUGCUGUCUUCGACAAGCUCAACGCCUACGACCCCCAAGAUCCCACAUCACUUCCCCCUUCGACUCGCGCUCGUCUUGAAAAAGACAGCACGAGAUCUUCAACCCCGUUGCGAAUCGGUAUCCCGCUGGACUAUAACAUCACUACAUUGCAGCCAGCUGUCCGCCAAGCAUGGUUGCGCACACUGAGGUUCUUAUGGGAGCAAGGACACAGCUUGCAUCCCGUACGCCUACCAGCGACGCAGCACGCACUGUCAGCAUACUACAUUCUUGCACCAGCAGAGGCUUCGAGUAAUCUGGCCAAGUACGACGGCGUUCGUUACGGGAGCAGGGCAGAGGGUAUUGAUGGAACGCCCGAAAGCGUAUUGUUUGCGAAAACCAGAGGACAAGGAUUUGGACCGGAGGUACAACGACGUAUCCUUCUGGGCGCUUUCACGCUUAGUGCACAGGCGAUCGACAAUUACUUCAUCCAAGCGCAGAAAGUGCGCAGAGUAGUUCAACAAGACUUCAACAAUGUCUUCUCCACACAGAAUCCUCUAGUUGAAGGGACUUCUGAGUCAGCUGAGGAAGUGGAUAAGGUGGAUGUUAUCGUCUGUCCUACAGCUCCUACGCCUGCGCCUUCACUAGCAAACGUCAAAGAUCAAGACCCCAUCUCAGCCUACAUGAACGAUGUCUUCACAGUACCAGCCAGUCUUGCUGGCUUACCGGCGAUCAGCAUUCCGGUCCAGAUAACGCCCGAGGACCAGACCGCUGAGCAUGCGGAUUACGCUUUCGACGAAAGUGUUGGGAUUCAAGUCAUUGGCCAAUAUGGCGAUGACAAACUCGUCCUUGAGGUCGCAGAUGCCGUUGCGAAAGUUGCUCCAACAUGUCAGGCACAAGCUGGACCGACGGUGACUUCUUGGGGCGCAAGCACGCUGGAGGAGAACAACUCGACGGUUUGAGGAUGCUCCCGAGAACUAUAAUGCAGCAGAGCGUGAUGAGAACGUCCAAACGAAGGAAAUGUACAGCAUAUGUAUGAUCAGUCAGUAUACCAA